AUGCCCCGUGGAAGAGCUUCUAGGACUUCUGUUCAUGGUGAUCCACAUCGAGACAGGAGGCGACCUGAAAUCACCAUUGUGGCUGCUGAACCCCUCAGACCAGCUUCUUGGUUCCCAGGGACCCCACCAGGAUUAGGGUUCCCACCUUCUCCUGCUGCAAGUCCAUGGAGAGCAAGUGAGCUUAUUCCUGCUGAGCUCCCGCCAUCUUAUGAGCAAGUGAUAAAAGAAAUCAACCAAGUCCAAGUUAGUACUGGGAGUAAUAGUAAUGCUCCUACAACGCCAAGGAGAACCAUCACAUCUGCAACUCAGACAGACUUUCCAGAGGAGAUAGGCAACUGCCUAUCUGAAAUAGUCCAGCCUUUACAGCCAUCUCCACUGUCUUCAACCAAUAAUCUUUUGAAAGAUGUGGCUCCUUUAAUUGUCUUUGAUGUCGUUGAAGAACAGACUUGCCAAGACAACCCCAAUGUUGGGACAUGUCCAGUGCCCAAGCCAAGAUCAAAAACCAAUCUCAAACCUCUAGUCAGAGAUACUCCAAGCAACCUAAAAGACCAUCAGGAAACUAGCCAACCAACGGUAAAGCAGGAAGCAUCACCAAGUCAGUGCCUGUCCUUAUUAGAUGGGAACAAUUUAGGAAGUCAAGCAGUGAUAAACAGUAUGAACACGGAAAGAAACCAAGCUAGUAUUAUUUCACGGAUCAAAGCUUUUGAAUCCCAACCAAAUGCUGAAACCUCAGGAUUAUCUAGGAAACCUGAAAUUGCUCCCCGGACAUUUCCCCCAAGGCCUGCUAUUCCUGCAGGAAAACCUAGCCUAGCUCCAAAGCCAGCCAUCAAUAGAGCUUCUGGAGAGUGGGACUCAUGGACCGAAAACAAACUUAAGGUUGCCUCCAAGGAAGGGCCUUCUCCCCAUUCACACCCGCUAGAAGUGGGAGGCAUCCCAGUAACCAAACCUGAAUUGCCAAAGAAACCAAAGGCUGGCAUUGUACCGAAUAUUAGUAAUGGGCCACUGGACAUUCUGGGAAGCAGGUUAUCAGUAGAGAUCUCUGAAAAGGAGAAAAGAAUUCCGACUCCAACACCACGGCCUUUACCACCCAAGAAAUUACCUCUCUUAGAAGACCCUGCCUUUCCUGCACCUCCAUCGAAGCCGGUCACUGCUUCUCCUAGGCUCUCUGUAGCAGCCCAAGCCAGAGCUUUCAGGUCCCUGGGGGAAGGGCCAACAGCAAACUCAACUAGCCCUUCCUCUCAUCACCCAACAGUAGUGGAAGGUGAUCUUAUCAGCUUUGAUGAUGAUGUUUUACCUGCACCGGCAGCUAACCUAUCUGAAGAGCAUCUGACUUCAGAGGUGGACCUGGAUCCCUUUCAGCUCCCCACAAAAGCCGAACCACCAAAGGAACGAGUUGUCCAACCAGUGCCCACACGAAAGCCUACAGUGAUCCGGAUCCCAGCCAAACCAGGGAAAUUGUUGCAAGAUGACCCACAGACCCCACCACCUCUACCUGCUGAAAAGCCUAUUGGAAAUACUUCUGGUGCAACUCCUGGAAAACUCAGUAACGCUGAAAGAAUCAGAUGUUUGGAUUCUGAGCCCUCACUUCAAACAGGAAGUUCUUCUAAAGGACCUAUGCUGCCCCCAAGGCCCAUAGAUGGAAAAGUCAUCCCAGCUCGACCUCCACCCCCAAAGGGGGCCCCUGGGAGGCCACCUCCCCCCAAACUCUCUGGAUCCAAGGUGUCUCAGAAACAAGGUUUUUGUCGCUCUUCAUCUGAUGUGAAUCUCCAGAAUAAACAAAGUGCCUUAACAACGGGACCCAUAAGGGCCAAAAGCCAAAUUGCACGGAAACAAGAACCAGUGUUGCCUCCCCGACCCAAACCGGGCCACCCCCUCUACAAAAAAUACAUGCUGCCUGUGCCUCACGGAGUUGCCAAUGAAGAUACUGUUUCUCGAAACCCUGGAGAGCUCUCUUGUAAGCGUGGAGAGGUGCUGGUGCUGCUGGAUCAGACUGAAGACAGUUACUUGCAAUGCCAAAAGGGAGAGGAAAUAGGCAGAGUGCACCUGUCACAGAUGAAGAUUAUCACCCCUCUUGACGAACAUGUUAAAAGCAGAUCAAAAGAUACCACCAGUAUGCAGAAGUCUGUCGACAGUGAUGCACCUCAUGCCCUGGUACUGCACGAUUUUCCAGCAGAGCAAGCUGAUGACUUGAACCUCACUUCUGGAGAGACUGUUUAUCUUCUGGAAAAAAUAGAUAGCGAUUGGUACCGAGGAAAAUGUAGAAACCAGACCGGCAUAUUUCCUGCUAACUAUGUCAAAGUAAUUAUUGAUGUUCCUGAAGGAGGUAAUGGGAAAAAAGGAUCCAUUUCAUCCCACUGUGUUAUAGGUCCCAGAUGUGUGGCUCGGUUUGAAUACAUCGGAGACCAAAAGGAUGAGUUAAGUUUCUCAGAAGGAGAGAUGAUUAUCCUUAAAGAAUAUGUCAACGAUGAAUGGGCCCGAGGAGAGCGGAACGGCAAAACGGGGAUUUUCCCACUUAAUUUUGUUGAAAUUAUUGAGGAUUUGAAUGAGCACAACACCAACAUAGCUGCAGAUUCAAGUAUAAGAACUCCGAUGAAUAUGAGGAGCAGUGCUUCUGGUUCACACUUAAAGAGGGAUCAUUGUUCAGGAGAAUGGUGUGAAGCCCUCCAUGAUUUUACAGCAGAAACUAAUGAAGACUUGCCCUUUAAAAAGGGAGACCGUAUCCUAAUUAUUGAGCAUCUGGACUCUGAUUGGUAUAGAGGCAGAUUGAACAACACUGAAGGAAUCUUCCCAGCAGUCUUUGUUCAGCCUUGCCUUGCUGAGGCAAAGUUGAUAUCUGCUUCAGGACGGAAGAAAGAAAAGGCCAAGGCUUUAUAUGAUUUCCAUGGAGAAAAUGAAGAUGAGCUUUCCUUCAAGGCUGGUGAUAUAAUAACAGAUCUGGAAUCUGUAGAUGAAGACUGGAUGAGUGGAGAACGAGCAGGAAAAUCUGGAAUAUUUCCUAAAAACUAUAUUCAGGUUCUACAAGCAUCCUAAGAAUGAACCUUGUUUAUCCAAAGGGAAGAAGCAUAUGAUUCAUCCUGAAAAAAAUGUCCCUUGCCUUUGGUAUCACUUGAACUAUUACUUUGACUAUCAAAUAUAUGUUUUUGCACUAUUUUUUUUUUUUACCGUAAGCAAAACGUGUAACAUGGUACCCUAGAAUUUCCUGAAAGUGGCCAAAUUCUGGGUUUUGUUUUACAUUUUUAUUGAUGAUAGAAGCAUGUACAUAGUAAAUCCACACCCUGUGGAGGCUCUCCAAGAACCCAAGCAGAAUUGGCCGGGUUAUUUCUAGUUUCCGGCAGGAAAAACUGACACAGUUGAGAAGAUCUUUCAAGCAGACAGUGAGCUUG